CACAACGACCUAACAUGGUUAAUCAUCACUGAACUGAUAAAAAAAAAAAAACCAACAAAGUAUUUAAAGAGGGCCCUGAACAUUAGAUGAAGGAUCACUUGUUGCAUUUGCAGUAGGAUUCUACAUUCAGGUGAUCAUUUUAAACCAAGCAUCAACGACAACUGAAAACAUUCACAUAAUAUCUGUGGUAUAAUCAUGGACCAAAAUCAGCAUUUGAAUAAAACAACAGAGGCACAAUCUUCAGAGAAAAGAAAAACAAGACGCUGCGAUGGAUUCAAGGUUUUCUUGGGAGCUAUGUCAUUAUGCUUCAUUUGCAAAGGACUGGGUGUAGCCGUUAUGAAAUCUUCCAUUACUCAAAUAGAAAAGAGAUUCGACAUAUCCUCUUCUGUUGCUGGUGUAAUUGAUGGAGGCUUUGAAAUUGGAAAUUUGCUUGUGAUUGUAUUCGUAAGUUACUAUGGAUCCAAACUACACAGACCGAAGAUUAUUGGAAUUGGUACUUUCAUUAUGGGGACUGGAAGUAUUAUGACAGCUUUACCACAUUUCUUCAUGGGAUAUUACAAGUAUUCCACUGAAGCCAUUAUUAAUCCAUCAGAGAAUUCAACAUUAACCUGUUUAAUUAAUAAAACUUUAUCACCCACUGGAACACCACCUGAGAUAAUGAAAGAAGGUUGUGAAAAGGAAUCAUCAUACAUGUGGAUAUAUGUCCUAAUGGGUAACAUGCUUCGUGGAAUAGGAGAAACUCCUAUCAUGCCACUGGGGAUUUCUUACAUUGAUGAUUUUGCUAAAGAAGGACAUUCCUCUGUUUACAUAGGUGGUUUGAGUGCAGUAGGAAUGAUUGGUCCAAUCACUGGCUUUUUAAUGGGAUCUCUGUUUUUAAAAAUGUAUGUGGACAUUGGAUAUGUAGAUCUAAGCAGUGUCAGAAUAACUCCUAUGGACUCUCGUUGGGUUGGUGCUUGGUGGCUCAGUUUCCUUGUGUCUGGACUACUAGCCAUUAUUUCCUCCAUACCAUUCUUUUUUUUACCCAAAAAUCCAAAUAAAUCAAAGAAAGAAAGGAAAGUUUCAACAUCUUUACGUGUACUUAAAACAAAUGAAGAAAGGAAUCAAACAGUUAAUUUGACUAACCAUGAGCAAAAGACUACUAUAAAUACAGCUGGUUUUUUACAGUCUUUGAAAACCCUCUUUAGCAAUCACCUCUAUGUUAUAUACUUGAUUGUGACAUUGCUACAGAUAAGCAGCUUUGUUGGUCAUAUUACUUAUUUGUUCAAAUACAUAGAGCAGCAGUAUGGUCAAUCAGCAUCUCAAACUAACAUUAUGAUGGGACUCAUAACCUUACCAGCUGUUGCAACUGGAAUGUUUUCAGGAGGAUAUAUCAUUAAAAGACUCAAAUUGACCUUGAUUGGAAUAGCAAAACUUUCAUUUUAUACUUAUUUAAUGUCUAUAUUUUUUUCUCUAUUACAAGUUGGUCUAAUCUGUGAAAGCAAAUCAAUUGCCGGCAUAACCUUGACCUAUGAUGGAAUUAAUCCAGUGGCAUCUCAUAUAGAUGUACCACUUUCUUAUUGCAACUCAGACUGCAAUUGUGAUGAAAGUCAAUGGGAACCAAUCUGUGGGGACAAUGGAAUAACUUACAUUUCACCUUGUCAAGCAGGAUGCAUGUCUUCAAGUGGCCAAAAAAAGUCUAUAGUCUUUCAUAACUGUACUUGUAUCGAAGGGUCUAAUUUUCAGUACACAAAUUAUUCAGCCCGUUUGGGUGAAUGCCCAAGAACCGAAAACUGUAAAACAAAAUAUUAUAUUUAUUUAAGUGCAAGUCUCAUAAGUUCUUUUUGCCAUUCAUUGGGAGGUGCCUCAUUUUUUAUGAUGCUUAUGAGAAAUGUUCAACCUGAACUGAAAUCACUUGCUAUGGGUUGCCAUUCACUGAUUAUGCGAACACUAGGAGGAAUUUUAGCUCCAAUAUAUUUUGGGGCCCUGAUUGAUAGAACAUGUUUGAAGUGGUCCAUCAACAGCUGUGGAGCGCAAGGGAGCUGUAGGGUUUAUGAUACCACAUUACUUGGAUAUGCCUACUUGGGCUUAUCAGGAGUGUUAAAAUUUCUAGCAGUUCUUUUAUAUAUUGUAUUACUUUAUGCCAUGAAGAGAAAAUAUGAUGGAAAAGAUACCAAGGCAUCAGAAAAUGGACGAAAAACCAUGGAAGAAGCAAACUUAGAAUCUUUAAAUAACAAUGGAUGCUUUGCACCUUCUGGAAUAGUCAAGGAAACACACAUUUAAGGGAAGAAAAAGACUUCUACUGUGUUUCCAAACAACAUUGUAUUGAUGCAGUAAGAUGCUAUUUUUGAGUGCCUGGUUCUUUCGCUGAGAAUUCCUACACUUGACAUAUGAUGUAAAAUUGAAUAAGUAUAUGAAUUUGAAUCAAACAAAUUGUAAAUAAAAAGGAAUGGAAGGACUCAUGGUUAGGACAUAGCUAUGCAUUUGUGGUUAAGAUUUGAAUAUAUGAUCCAUAUAGAUUUAGAGUAAGAGGUUUUGUUACUAUACAAUAGAACAAAAUGUAUUUGUUCAGGUUAAUUGUAACUCUUAAUAAAGUGGCUAAAAAUGUGUGGAUGUGAAAAAAGGAGGAGGGAAAUUAGUAGCUUCAAUAAUUAUAAAAGUCUGGAAUCUUAAAAAAAAAAUAACAGUUUGGAUGAUGUCACCCAAGGCUGAAGUCUAUCCUCAUGGAGGAUUUAUGCAAUCAUGACAUUUGUUAUUCAUGUUAAGUCAUGUAUUUCACAGACUUCAUUAAUUAAAAUUUUGAAAUUGGUUUGAUGAACAA